AUGAACAUGAUUGAUCUCCAAUCUAAUGAUUCUCUCAAAAACUCAUUCAGGGAAAUCAAUGAUCUUAUUAAAUUUUAUGGCAGCUUGCCAUCUGAUUUUGAUGAAUUGAAAAGGUUUGCUCAGCAGAUAAUAACAAUUUUUGGUAGCACUUAUUUAUGUGAACAAACGUUUUCAAUUGUGAAUUAUAGGACAAAUAAAUAUGCUUCUCGUCUAACAGAUGAGCGUUUGAGAGCUAUUCUAAGAAUAGCAACAACAAAUAUGACGGCUAACAUACAAGAAAUAGCAACCUCAAACAUCACACUGAAAGAAUCAUGUUGA